UCGGACUCUUCCUGGCUGGCUUCGCUCCCGUUUUCCGGCGUCAUGGCGGCUCUUCCGUUUGCUGUUGCGCUGCUGCUUUCCGCGGCUCUCGCCGCCGUCCUGCCGCCGCCGGGGCCUCCGGGACCUCCGGUGGGCUGCGACGCCGGCGCCGGUCCCGGCGCGGCGGUCCUCGCCGUCCGCCACAUCAACGAGCAUCACAAGCACGGCUUCAAGUUCCAGCUGCAGGAGAUCCUCAGCAGCGAUUUUCAACAGGUCCCGGGCGGGUGCGACGUCGUCCUCAACGUCAAGCUGGCCCAGACCGAGUGUCACUUCACCAACCCCAAACCUCACGACCGGUGCCACCUCUUUCGACAGGACGAACGGAGCGCGGGGGCCACCUGUACCGUCGCACUUUCAGUCAAGUCCGGCACGGCCGCGGUCACCAAACACCGAUGCGCCACCGGCCCAGAACCCACCAACGAGGAGAUGUCUUGGAUUUGUCCCGGCUGCCCCGGGUUGUUGCCUCUGGACGACCCGACGGGCUCCGAGGCGGCCCGGGAGGCCGUGAUCAAGUUCAACCGGGAGAGCAAACUGCAGAAUUACUUCACCCUGCUGGAAGUGGCUCACGUGACGAUCGAGUACAUCCCCGCUAGCGGCACGAUGACCUUGCUGAAGUUGGCCCUGGUGGAGACGACGUGCCCCAGAGAGGCCGGCGACGCGUUGGCGUCCUGUACGCCGCUCUGUCCGGACAGAGCUAAUCACUACUUUUGCUCCACCACAUAUUACAACUUGCCAGAAGUCGUAGGAGAACUUGUGUGCGAAUUGUAUCUCCCAAAAAAUUCCACCCAGUUGGCGGCCGGCGAGCCGGAACCCGCGUGCGGGCCUCUGUUCCACCAGAGUCCGGAGGCUUCCGCCUGCAAGGCGCAGCUGAGCGACCCCGACCCGUCCGUCCACCAUAUUUGUCCCUACCCGCUUGAAGUGACAAACUUGAUUUCAAAAUAAAGAUGGAAUGUAGAGUUUUGA